CUAGCUCUCCCGAUCCUCUCCUGCCUGUAUCGCAUAGUCACAGGCUCACAGCACAACGCCUGCCAAACCUGCAGCCACCGAUCGAGCUACGAGCCACCUAGUCCGGUAGUCCCUGCAGUAGCCAUGUCCAAGGCCUUCGCCAAGUCGCUGUCCCAGCUGAACAAGGCCCUGGUGAGGAGGCUCAAGGCCCUCGUCGUCGUCACCCGCGCGCAGCCGCCUGCGCCGGCGAGGCCGACGACGUGGUCGGACGCGCUGCCGUCGCCGUCGGGCGGCGGCGGCGGCGUCGCCGUGUGCAAGGUGGAGGGCGGCCUGCUCCGGUCCUCCUCCGCCUUCCCGUACUUCAUGCUGGUGGCCCUGGAGGGCGGCGGGCUCGCCAGGGCGCUGCUGCUCCUGCUGCUCUACCCCGCCCUGCGCCUGCUCGGCCACGACACCGCGGUCAGGGCCAUGGCCGUGGUCACCUUCCUCGGGCUCCGCAAGGACGCCGCCGCGUUCCGGGCGGGCAGGGCCUCGCUGCCCCGGCUGCUGCUGGAGGACGUGAGCGCCGAGGUGUUCGACGCGGCCGUGGCGCCGCCCCGCCGCCGGUGCGUCUGCGUCAGCGCCAUGCCGAGGGCCAUGGUGCAGCCGUUCCUGGCCGAGUACCUCGGCGUCGACGCCGUCGUGGCGCCCGAGGUGAGGGAGUUCGGAGGGUACUACCUGGGCGUCAUGGAGGACGAGAGCGAGGUGCUGCGUCGGCUGGACGUGGACAAGGUGAUCGCCGGAGACAAAAAAGGUGGUGGCUGUGGCGUCUUCGGCGUUGCUGGACUCGGCUCCUCGUUCGACCAGCUCUUCCAAAAUCAUUGCAAGGAGGUAUACGCGCCGACCGAGUCGGCGCGGCGGCGAUGGCACGCGCUCCCGCGGCGGCGCUACCCUCGGCCGCUCAUCUUCCACGACGGCCGGAUCGCCUUCCGGCCGACGCCCGGCGCGACGCUGGCCAUGUUCAUGUGGGUGCCGCUGGGCGUGGCGCUCGCCGUGGCCCGCGUCGCCACCUUCCUGGCCCUCCCGUUCUCGCUCUCCGUGCCCCUGCUCGCCGCCCUCGGCAUGCACAGCCGCGUCAUCGCCAACCCCGCCUCGGCGUCCAAGAGCCUCUUCGCCUGCAACCACCGGUCCCUGCUGGACCCGCUCUACGUGGCCGCGGCCGCGGGGCGCAAGGACCUCGCGGCCGCCACGUACAGCAUCAGCCGCCUCUCGGAGGCCCUGUCGCCGAUCCCCACGUUCCGCCUCACCCGGGACCGCGCGGCGGACCGCGCCGCCAUGCACGCGAGGCUGCGGUCGUGCGGCGGUCUGGUCGUCUGCCCCGAGGGCACCACCUGCCGCGAGCCGUACCUGCUGCGGUUCAGCCCGCUGUUCGCCGAGCUCGGGCACGACGUGGCGCCCGUGGCGCUGCACUCGUCGGUCGGCAUGUUCCACGGCACCACGGCGGCCGGGUGGAAGGCGCUGGACCCACUGUUCCUGCUCAUGAACCCCACGCCGGCGUACAUCGUGCACUUCUUGGACACCGUCGACGUCGAGUGCGGCGGCCCGGAGGCGGCGCGCGCCGUGGCGAACGAGCUGCAGCGGCGCAUCGCGGAGGCGCUCGGGUACACGUGCACGGGGCUCACGAGGAAGGACAAGUACCUCAUGCUCGCCGGCAACGAAGGAAUCGUCGACGUCAGCCACGGCGGCGGUGGCGCCAAGAAGAGAACUACUUGUGCUACCUAGCUAGUUCUGAAUUUUCAUUGCAGGCUUUCACCCGCUUCAGUGAAUGAAGGAUAACAGUUCUAUAG